UUAGGUGUAAACAUUCACUAACGAAGGAAAGGUAUACGCAUCUCCCUCUGUGCUUUAGGUUUCGAGAAAAGGAGGCUGGAACGUCGACUUGGAUCGAAGAGGGAAGACCGUUUCGGUGGAUCGUCGACUUGUUUGUUGUGAAGCUUAUCGUAUCGUAAAAGAAAAAGAAAAGAGAAAGGACAAAUAUAAAAUUGAAUAUCGAGAGAUAUAAUCUUUAUCGACUCGUAAGCGUGUGAAUCUCCCAUCAUGACGACCUCACGACCUUUCAUGCUCUUUGAUUUUUACGUGAACACGCCCAUCUUGGGUUCGAAUGCCUCGAGGCCUCUGGGCAGCUCCGGGUUUCUCAUCGUCGGCGCAGUCUUUCUGGACAGCAUAUUUGGCGUCCCUCCCGAGCUCGAACUAGCCAGCCAAGGCCAGGACUACGUAGACUACAACUACGACUACGGUGACUACCAAACGCGGUACGACACGGACUAUCAAGCGGGUUACAGCGGCUAUCCGUCUGGCUACAAUGGCUAUUAUUACGGCUACAACGACUACCAGCCCAGCGGCUAUCAGGAUUAUUACUACCCAGCUGGAGAGUCGUCGUAUUCCCACCUGGGGCCAGCUGGUGCCAGACCUGGGGAGCCCUGGACGGAACCGAGACCCCACGUGGUUCUGGGGGAGGCCAGGAGCCUCGCCGAGGACCAGAUGACCAUCUACCAGCAGCUGCAGUCGUCCCUCUCUGCCGUGGGCGUGGACGGGCGCUCCUGCCUCCUCAGGUUCAUCUGCGAGGCUCAGCACCGUCGGAUGCAGCGCCUCAACCUGCUCGGACAGAUGUUGGCGACGCUGCUCACCCCGAAAGAAGACGACUUCCUCUCGUCCUACGUAGAGGCGGCGGCGGCGGGUCGCGAGGGGUCGUGCCUGGAGAACUACUCAGCAUGCCCCGUGUCCCUCUUCACCCUCAUGGACUACGCCGCCCCUCCGUCCAAGUCUCCGAAGGGCAAGAGGAGGAGGAACAAACUCCCUGGUGCGGAGAAAACAGCAAGAUCCUCACGAGCGAUGUCGGCGGGAGAGACUGAGGACAUGGCGGAGACUGUUGAUGUCGAGGAGUAGCGUCGAGGAGACCGUUUACCGGAGUUACCCCCCUCGAUCCUUUUUUCUUUCUGUUACUGGUUCUUGUAUUUAUUUAUUGUCGUUAUUUAUUUAUUUAUCUCGUAUUAUAGGGUUUCCUGUAUCGCCAUUCAAGAAUUUUUUUUUUCACACUUUCGUUUCACCGUUCUUAUUUAUUCCCAAUUCUCUGUCAAGGGAGUUAUAUUAUGAACAUUCUCAUAGAACUUCUCUGAAUCGAUCAGUUUCAUUGUGGUAUGAAGUCUAAACAGACCAAAUAUCACUCGAUACAUUAUGAUUCUUAUACAUCUCGUGACUUUCGAAGACUUUGCCUACAUGACUUUUACGCAGACUCACAAAACUCUCACAUCUAAUGACAUGUCAUUAAGUACAGACCUUCUCGUAGACAUUUAGUAACUGACAGAUACUUAUUUUUCUCCACAAAGACUCAUUUGCUCAAGACGACUUGGUCACUCAUAAAGACUUUUUUGUUUCUCACAGAGGUUUGUUUGCUCAAUAGGAUACGUGUACUUUAGAAUGCUCACGGAUGAGGUUUCCUGAAGAGACUCCUCUCUGUAUUAAUUCACACCCAUUCGAUGACAGACACUGACUUGUAUACUGAUAAGGUACACACGCAGACAUUCAUGUCGACAUACGCACUUAUCAGAAUUCAAUACCACACAUUUAAACAUAUUAAUUUCCAUUAUAUACUCGCUCUCAUACAUAUGUAUAUGUAUUCAUUCGCGAGCUUUCAUGUUUCAGAACUUUGUAAUUCACACAAGCCCAUUUCAUACUCACACUGACCCUUGGAUAUGUUUACUUAUCUUCACAGACUCUUGUUUGAUGACAUACUUAUAUACUUUUGGGCAUACUUAUUCACACAGCCUAUCAUACUUUAAUGGCAUAAUUACACAGACUUGAGACAUUUUUUUACAUAGACACAUUAGAUGACAUUGCCAUGAUUAAUUAUACUUAGCAUGAUCACUUACCUUAAUAUAUUUGUUAAUCAUUUGUUUAUUACGUACAUAGGACACAUAAAUUCAUCACUUGCACAUGUUAUUAUGAUCAUUGAUACAGGACAUUACUGUUUUUACAUAUAUUUUUAUAAAUACAGACUACAACAAACAUUAUUUUCAGUGAUAUUCUGUAACUAUUUUUUUGUGUUGGGAGAUUUUUUUUUUUUUUAAGAUAUAAAGAAUAGUUGCAUGUAUCAAAAUAGUGCCAUUAAAGUCAUAUGUAUCAAUUGCUCUGAUAAACAUGAUUUUUCUGUACAUACAGCAAUGCCUUCCAUUUAAAAAAAAAAAAGGUGAUUGUUGAUGGUGAAAUGUAAACAAUUAUUUACAUUACUAUUUUAUUGAGCUAUCAAUCGUUGGCAUCAAUUGUAAUCCGCUGACGUCACCAUUGCUAUUAUUAAUUUAUAUUGUGGCCGGUAAUACUACUGUUGUAUGAAAUAUGUUGUUAUCUAUUAUAUUUUCGACUAAAAACUUCAAUUCAUCUCGCAUUUCAUUUGAAUGCAUAGAAAACGUAUUCCAUGUGCGAGGGCUUCUAAUAAAUGAAUGAAGUAUG